AUGAAGAGCUCUGGUCAAUAUACGACCAAACAGGUGAGAUGGCCACAUCCCAUGAGACCUAGAAAAGGAAAAUCUCUUGUAUUACAGGAAGAAUUUGUGGAACAGAUGGCCAAGCUACAAUGGCAGAUGGAGGAAGCUAUGAGCAAUCUUCAGACGAUGACCUGUAAUGUUCUAAGACCUGAAGAUCAAGGUCCAAGCCGUGAAUCAUAUUGGGUCAAGGCAAUUGAACCUAGACCUUACUCAGGUGAGAGGGAUGCCAUGUUAAUUGAAAAUUUUCUUUAG